UUUCAACCGCCACUAACUUCACACUCUAGAACCCAAAAAAAAAUAUUUUCCGCAGGCACCAUUUUUCCCUACUUAAGAAGGCGUCACUUGCAAGGCGAUUACACCAUAAGUUCAUAUUUUCAAACAAAAUGAGCGUCGAGGAAGAAGUAUUCAAAAUUCAAAAGAAAAUGAGUAAAAUCACAUCCAGCGAUGAUGGUUCGGGGCAAGAACAGGCUUUGGAUUUGCUUAAAGCUCUACAACAACUCAGUAUCAAUUUGGAAAUCCUAACAAAAACUCGCAUCGGAAUGACAGUGAAUGAAUUACGUAAAAGCAGCAAGGACGAAGAAGUCAUCAGUUUGGCAAAGACUUUAAUCAAGAAUUGGAAACGUUUCUUGGCCAAUACCACCUCAUCCAAAGACUCUAACUCCAAUUCGAGUAGUAAAUCGUCAUCGAAGUCAUCGUCUAGUGGAUCGGCAGGAAGCUCGAGCAGCAGCAAAAAGAAUGACAAAAAGAAAGAAGAACCUAAAAAGAUGGAAGUGGAAAAGCCCAAAGUGCCACAAUCGGCAUUCCCGAGUUCGUCGGGAACUUUGACCGAUGCUGUGCGUCUAAAGUGCAGAGAAAUGCUUGCCAAUGCCUUAAAGGUCGAUCCCACUCCCGAGGGAUGUCCAGAACCCGAAGAAUUGGCCGAGGAACUGGAAGAAGCCAUCCAUGCGGAGUUCCGUAACACCGACAUGAAAUACAAGAACCGCGUCCGAUCUCGUGUGGCCAACUUAAAAGACGCCAAAAAUCCCACCUUACGUAGUAACUUCUUAUGCGGUGCCGUCACAGCUCAGCAACUUGCAAAAAUGACGCCCGAAGAAAUGGCCAGCGAUGAGAUGAAGAAGAUCCGUGAAAAGUUCGUGAAGGAAGCCAUCAAUGAUGCUCAAUUGGCAACGGUACAAGGAACCAAGACAGAUCUGCUUAAGUGCGGUAAAUGCAAGAAGAAGAAUUGUACCUACAACCAAUUGCAAACGAGAAGUGCUGAUGAACCUAUGACAACAUUCGUGAUGUGCAACGAGUGCGGCAACCGAUGGAAGUUCUGUUAAUUUAUUUUUUCAUUUUCGUUUU